AUGAAGAAAAUAUCGAAGAACAGUAGAGCAGCCAGAAGAGCAACUGUGGAAAGUGAAGAAGCUAAAGAAUUGGCCAAAGUUGAAAAAAACAAUAAUGAUAUAAAAAAAUCCAUUAUCAGAACAACCAUUUUAAACGAAAACUUAUUGAACAAGAAGAUCGAAAAGAAGAAAUCCAAGAAACUUAAUAAUUCCAUCAAACACAAGAUUGAGAAGAACACUAAGCUUCAAGGGGUUUUAGAUACAAAGAUCAAUCAAAGUAUUGAAAGACACAAAUUUGUCUCAACCAAGAGAAAGAUGGAUUGGGACAAGAUUAACAAAGAAAUCAAAGAUGAAGUUGUGGAUGUUCCAGAAGUUGAAGAUAAGAACAAUAAAUUUGCCAUAUUGGGUGAAGAAGAAGCUUAG